AUGACAAACAAUGUUAAUGCAUGCUUGCCUAAGUCAUCCAAGACAUAUAACAAUUGUGUGUUGAAGUUGUUUGAAAAAUAUGCAUAUGAAAAUACACAUGUAGAGUUUAAGGAGAGUUGGGAUGACUUGAUGCUGGUUAAAAAUCAGAAGCUACAAGAAUAUCUUAUUAGAGCUCCACUUGACAAAUGGGUUAGUUUUUUUUUCCCGGGUUGUCGAUAUUGGGAGUUGUGCUCAAAUGUUGCUGAAUGUUUGAAUGGUUGGGUUAAGGAAGAGAGGGAGAUGCCUAUUGCUGUCAUGGUUGAUAAAAUACGGCUGAAGCUUUUGGAAAUGAUGUGCAUUCGUCGUAAAGAAUGUGUGACAUCGUUCGACUGGCGAGGAGUUUUGUGUCCGAAAAUGGAAACUGAACUCUAUAACAAUAAGAUGCAUGGCCGUGAUUACAGUGUUACCAAGUCGUCAGAAUUUGUGUAUGAAGUUCAUGCCUCAUUAACACAAAGGGUUGAUUUGAAAGAAAAGACAUGCUCUUGCGACUGCUGGAAAAUCAAUGGCUUCCCUUGCGCCCAUGUUGUUAGGUGUAUAAUGAGGAAUGGUGAAGAUCCUUAUGAUUAUGUUGAACAAUACUUCACCACUAAGUUCUAUCGAGAGUCGUAUUCAAAACCAAUCCAUCCAGUUCCCACAGUUGAAAGGCCUGCGACAAUUUCACCCAAGUCUGUUGUUCGUGGACCUAAAGUUUUGCCACAGUCAGGUCUCCCAAGUAAGAAGAAAAGGAUUCCUAAUACAGGUUCAAUUCCCAAGAAGAAGAUGAGAACUUGCGGUGGCUGUAAUGAAUUGACUACUCAUAAUCGAAGGACAUUCCCUAAGAAGCCGAUUUGA